AUGGAGCCUCCUUUGAAUUACAGGUCAACUGAUUAUGGGACAACCUAUGAGAAGCUGAAUGAUAAAGUGGGUUUGAAGACAAUCUUGAGCUACCUUUAUGUGUGUCCUACCAACAAGCGUAAGAUUAUGUUACUCACAGACCCGGAGAUUGAGAGCAGUUUAUUGAUCAGCUCAGAUGAAGGGGCAACGUAUCAAAAGUACCGGCUGAACUUUUACAUCCAGAGCUUGCUUUUCCACCCAAAGCAAGAAGACUGGAUUCUGGCAUACAGUCAAGACCAAAAGUUAUACAGCUCUGCCGAGUUUGGGAGAAGAUGGCAGCUUAUCCAAGAAGGGGUGGUACCAAAUCGGUUCUACUGGUCUGUGAUGGGGUCGAACAAGGAACCAGACCUGGUGCAUCUCGAGGCCAGAACUGUGGAUGGUCAUUCACAAUACCUUACUUGCCGAAUGCAGAACUGCACAGAAACCAACAGAAAUAAACCUUUCCCAGGCUACAUUGACCCAGACUCUUUGAUUGUCCAGGAUGAUUAUGUGUUUGUUCAGCUGACGUCAGGAGGAAGACCACAUUACUACGUGUCCUACCGGAGGAAUGCUUUUGCCCAAAUGAAGCUUCCGAAAUACGCUUUGCCCAAGUGUCCAACCAUCUGGGGAGUCAUACCUAAGCAUCAUCUGCCCACCUCCAUUCUCACCCUGUGUUUCUUCCAAGACAAAUGCUCUUGGCUGAAAUUUGACAGCUUGCUUAAAAAAAAAAAAAAAAAAAACGUAAACAAAGAUGUCUCUUCUUCUCAAAUUGAUGUAUUUUUCAGCCAUGUCCAUUUUUCCCAGGUAGCAGGGAUAAAGGGAAUGUUCUUGGCUAACAAGAAGAUUGACAACCAAGUGAAGACCUUCAUCACAUACAACAAAGGCAGAGACUGGUGUUUGCUGCAGGCACCAGACACAGAUCUCAGAGGGGACCCUGUGCAUUGCUUGCUGCCCUAUUGCUCACUACACCUUCACCUGAAAGUCUCUGAGAAUCCCUAUACAUCAGGAAUCAUUGCCAGCAGAGACACAGCUCCAAGCAUCAUAGUUGCUUCAGGUAAUAUAGGUUCUGAACUGUCAGACAGCGACAUCAGUAUGUUUGUCUCUUCAGAUGCAGGGAACACUUGGAGGCAGAUCUUUGAAGAAGAGCACAGUGUUUUGUACCUAGAUCAAGGUGGAGUCCUGGUGGCCAUGAAACACACUUCUCUUCCAAUUCGACAUCUUUGGUUGAGUUUUGAUGAAGGGAGAUCUUGGAGCAAAUACAGUUUCACUUCUAUUCCACUUUUUGUGGAUGGGGUUCUGGGUGAACCGGGAGAAGAAACACUAAUCAUGACAGUGUUUGGACACUUCAGCCACCGCUCUGAAUGGCAGCUGGUUAAAGUGGACUACAAGUCCAUUUUCGACAGAUGGUGUGCCGAGGAGGACUACAGGCCUUGGCAGCUACACAGCCAGGGGGAAGCAUGCAUCAUGGGAGCCAAGAGGAUAUACAAGAAGCGAAAAUCCGAGCGCAAGUGUAUGCAAGGAAAAUAUGCAGGAGCUAUGGAAUCUGAACCCUGUGUUUGCACAGAAGCUGAUUUUGACUGUGACUAUGGCUAUGAGCGACACAGCAAUGGGCAGUGCCUGCCAGCAUUUUGGUUCAAUCCAUCCUCUCUCUCAAAGGACUGCAGCAUUGGACAGAGCUACCUCAAUAGUACUGGGUAUAGAAAGGUGGUUUCCAAUAACUGCACUGAUGGCGUGCGAGAACAGUACACAGCCAAACCACAGAAGUGUCCGGGGAAGGCCCCUCGUGGCCUCCGGAUCGUCACUGCAGAUGGAAAGCUGACUGCAGAACAGGGGCACAAUGUCACUCUCAUGGUGCAGCUGGAAGAGGGUGAUGUCCAGCGGACACUCAUCCAAGUGGACUUUGGUGAUGGCAUUGCAGUGUCUUACGUCAAUCUCAGCUCCAUGGAAGAUGGGAUCAAACACGUCUAUCAGAACGUGGGCAUUUUCCGAGUGACCGUGCAGGUGGACAACAGUCUGGGGUCUGACAGCGCCGUCCUGUACUUACAUGUAACUUGUCCCUUGGAGCAUGUGCACCUAUCUCUUCCCUUUGUCACCACAAAGAACAAGGAGGUCAAUGCAACUGCGGUGCUGUGGCCCAGCCAAGUGGGCACCCUCACUUAUGUGUGGUGGUAUGGAAACAACACGGAGCCCUUGAUCACCUUGGAGGGAAGCAUAUCAUUCAAAUUUACUUCAGAAGGAAUGAACACCAUCACAGUGCAGGUCUCUGCCGGAAAUGCCAUCCUGCAGGACACAAAGACCAUCGCAGUGUAUGAGGAAUUCCGUUCUCUUCGCUUGUCCUUUUCUCCAAACCUGGAUGACUACAACCCGGACAUUCCUGAGUGGAGGAGGGACAUCAGCAGAGUCAUCAAAAAGUCCCUGGUGGAAGCCACAGGAAUUCCAAGCCAGCACAUCCUGGUGGCAGUACUGCCUGGUUUACCCACCACUGCCGAGCUCUUUGUCUUGCCUUACCAGGAUCCAACAGGAGAAAACAAAAGGUCACUGGAGGACCUGGAGCAGAUAUCAGAAGUACUGAUCCAUAAGCUCAACCAAAACUCAGUGCACUUUGAGUUGAAGCCUGGGGUCCAAGUUCUGGUCCAUGCAGCUCACCUAACAGCAGCCCCACUGGUGGACCUCACUCCAACCCAUAGUGGAUCCGCCAUGUUGAUGCUGCUCUCGGUGGUGUUUGUGGGGCUGGCCGUGUUCGUCAUCUACAAGUUUAAAAGGAAGAUCCCGGGGAUUAAUGUUUAUGCCCAGAUGCAGAAUGAAAAAGAACAAGAGAUGAUCAGUCCAGUCAGUCACACUGAAAGCAGGCCCAAUAUCCCUCAGACUGAACUAAGAAGGCCUGGCCAGCUUAGAGAUGAGAAGGUGGAAUCCCAGCUCGUAGAAGAAAGUUUCCAGGAAGUUAGACAAAUCCAUGGAGCCACCAUUGCUGAUCCAUUUCUUUCCCGGGUUCCUCCUGUCUGUUGGCCUCAGGAGUUGAAGCUGUAAAUGUUCACAUCUAGAUCCUGCAUUACUGACCUCGAAGAAUAAAUUAUUACAUAAGUGUUCGCACUUCACUCUAAUGUCAUAACGCCAAACUGUCUAGAAGGCUAUUACAUAAGAUUUUAAAUCUUUUAUUUUAGGGGAAAAAUGAGCAUGUAAACAGAAACAGAACCCUGUCUUUACAUGGAUAUGGGACAGGUCUCUGGAGACAUUCAGGGGGAAUUUAAAUACAAUGACUGGCUCCUAUUGUAGGUAGUAAUAACACCUGCAGCCACAUCUGGUAUACGGUUUUCACCAUGCAUUUUCUUUUAUGGGGGACAUAAGCUAAUAAAUUCAUAUCCCCCCGC